AUGAGCUGCGACGACGACGACGACGACGAGAAUGAGAAAAGUAGAAGUUUUGAGGAAAAAGCAACAAAAGAGAAGCCAACGAACAUCGGAGCUACGCAAAAACUCGACGUCAAGAUCACGAAUGCGGUUAACGUUUCUCUAGCGAGAGAAACGUUUGGCGGGCUCUAUGUUCUCUCCAACCUCGAGCAGACCUUGCCUGACACGGUUGAGAUCAUAUUCGCCUCCAAAGGCGAAGGGAGGGUAAGGCGUUUCACUGCGACCGAGAUGCUCAGAGAAUCACUGGCCGAGGUAGUGGUUGGGUUCUAUCCAUUCGCAGGCAGACUUGUCAUGGGGAGUAACGGGAAGAUGGCGGUGAGAUGCACGGGAGAAGGUGUCCCGUUCGUCGAAGCAUCGAUGUCGGAGGACGACAUCCAAAUGCUGGGCGACAUCAGCGCCAUCGAUCCGCCAAUGCUGCGAAAACUCUUAAAGCACAACGAUGGAGCCCAAACCAUAUUGGAAAAACCUUUGCUAACCGUGCGGGUGACAACAUUCAAGUGCGGGGGGAUCAUCCUCGGCAUUCUCAUGAAUCAAGUCGUCGUCGAUGGUAAAAACCUCACGGACUUCUUAACUUGCUGGACCGACCUUGCUCAAGCCAAGCCAUUAUCGAUUCUUCCCUUUCUCGAUCGAUCGGUAUUGUGCCCGAGGCGACCUCCGCAUGUCGAUCUCCCCCACCACGAGUAUGUUCUGAGAGAUCUUUGGUCCGAAAGCAUAGUCGACCCCCAAAGCAAGCCCCUUGUCUACAGAUCAUUCUGCUUCGAAUCCCUCACUCUCGUUCAACUGAAGAAAGUAUCAACAAUCACAAUCCACAACGGCUCCUCCAAAGUCCUUACGAGCUUCGAAGUCAUGUCGGUACUCAUGUGGAUUUUGAGAACCAAAGCUCUCGAAAUUGAUCCUCAUGAGACAGCAAAGCUUCUCAUUGCAGUUAACGGUCGGCCAAUUUUGGCAGGAAAUCGCUAA